AUGUCUCAUACACCUCGCGAAUUAAGAACACCAACACCUUAUGAUUUUAGUUCUAACCAAAGUGAUGAUGAUGAUUCAGAAAUUGAUGAAUUAGCACCUCUUACCUCCACAAGAAAUGAUCCCAAGUCAAAUUUUUCAUGGGCAACAUUUAGAACUAGACUCAGAUAUUAUGUACCAGUAUUUAGUUGGAUGCCAAGCUAUUCAUUGAAUACUUUUUGGGGUGAUUUUUUUGCAAGCUUGACUGUUACAGCAAUUUUACUACCUUCAUGUUUAUCAUUUUCUGUGUUGGCGAAAUUGCCUCCAGUACAUGGGCUAUAUAGUAUUGUGAUUCCAGGAGUCAUCUACUCAUUUCUUGGUACUUCAAGACAAUUGGUUAUCGGACCAGAAGCUCUAGUGGCAAUGCUUGUGGGGUCGUCAGUAGCACAACAACAAAAGUAUUUAGGCAAAGUAGAUGAUGAAAAUUGGGAUUUAUAG